AACUCAAUAAAAGAGAAGCAGAAAGAGAAACGCACGUUAAAUAUGUAUACUAUAUAUAUGCAAGAGCUUUACUUGAUUGUAGCAACAAUUAUCUAAAUUUAGAUAAAUAUGGGUACCUUUCUGUUAAAAAGAAAUUUUGGGUUGAUACCUUGAAAAAUCAAAAAAAAAAAAAGGAGGAAAAUUUGGGUUAGUUAUUCUGGUAAAAAGAUCGUGGAAUUGAGGGCACGGUCGUCGUCGCAUUGCCAACGACCACCAUCAUUGAAACGACAACCGCUGGAGCCCCUGGAGGCAAAGGCUGUUCUCGUUUCCCGACAUGGCGGAUGUUUUCUUUACCUGGGUUUCAGCUUUUAGAAUCGUAUUUUCUCUCCUUUUCCUCGUCGCCACCGCUUCCGUCCUCCUUUCCCUUCCCAUCGAAAAGAUGGUGAAGGGUUUCCUGUUCUGGGUUAAGGAAGAUCUUGGGCAAUGGGGUCCAUUUGUGCUGGCCUUAUCGUAUAUUCCUCUCACGAUCCUUCCUGCUUCGAUUCUUACCCUAGGGGGAGGUUAUCUGUUUGGGCUGUCAGUGGGGUUUAUGGCUGAUUCAAUUGGUGCUACCCUAGGGGCUACCGCUGCAUUCAUCCUUGGCCGAACAAUAGGAAAAUCAUAUUUGAUCUCCAAGCUAAGGAAUUACCCAAAGUUCCAGGCUGUUGCUAAUGCAAUCGAGAUAUCUAGUUUUAAGAUGGUUUUUCUGCUUCGGCUUGUUCCUUUAUUGCCGUUCAGCUUGUUGAAUUACUUACUUUCCGUGACUCCAGUUAAUCUCAGUGUGUACGUGUUGGCAUCUUGGUUAGGAAUGACGCCUUCCAUAUUCGGCCUGGCAUAUAUCGGGACUACAAUAAAGGACCUUUCAGAUGUCACACAUGGAUGGAAUGAGAUUUCUACAAUUCAUCAAGUUCUUAUGGCAAUCGGCUUUUGUGCAUCCGCAAUUCUGCUAAUUUGGAUUACUAAAGGUGCCAAGGCUACUUUGGAGAAAGCACUGGCUAUCACCAAUGGUAAAACGGAGAGAUUCUUUGCCCCAGCAAUGCUCCCGAUAGUGCCAGAGUCUCACUCUCCCAUGGAUGCUGAGAAGCCUCUCUUAAUUACAGUUGACUCGUCCAGGGAGAGAAACCAGAGACAAGAGUCUUCUAUGUCGACUCAUUCCUAACUUCUUUUACUUCAUCUAUCAUCCCCCCCCCCCCCUUUAAAAAGGAAAAAGGCAAAGGCCUUCAAGAGGAGUAAGAUCUUUUCGUGAUGGAUUUUGGAUUUUCUUUUUUUGGAUCCAGGGCCACCCAAAGCCGAAAGUAGCUUUAAAACUUAAAGAAAUAGGUAGCAAAUGGUUGUUCAGCAGUUACAAGCUCACAGCUAAGAGAUUUCAAAAGUGCAUUCAACUAAAGCUUGAAACACUAGCCACUGUUCUGCAAGACUAUGUUUUGAAACUACUAGUACUACUUAGGUUCUAUUGUCCACAAAAGAAACGAAAAUUUGGAUCAAUAGUAUUUAAGUUGAUGUAGUUAAAAGUUACUCUUUAAGCCGAGCAGAUAAAACAGUUAGGUGUGGCGUUGGACUAUCUAUGUGACUCGGUGCAAAAGUCAUCAACCAGUGCCCUUGGCAUCAUGUAAAGGCCUCUGCUCUCUAACAGCUGAGUUGCUGCUGAUGGAUUUAUCUCUAGCAACUUCGCCAUCAUCUCCUCAAGAGGUUCAUUUAUCAUCUGUUCAUGGAGAACAUAGUGACCAUAUCCCU